CACAGCGGUGAGAGGCCUGCAUACCAAAAAAAAUAAAAGAAGACGGAGAGAUACCAGCGCUUCCUCUCUCCACCAUGGGAGGACACGGUGAGAAGGCAGCCACUUGCAAGUCAGGAACAGGGUCCUCACCAAGGACAGGGUCUGCUGGCACCUUGAUCUUGGACUUCUAGCCCCCAGAACUGUGAGAAAGAAAUGUCUGCCACCCAGUCUGUGGAGUUUGUUUGGCAGCCCGAGCUGUUGAAUACAGGAGGAUCUAAGAGGUCAGAGAUGAGAACCCGGGCGAGGAGGGGUCUAAAAGAGGUGAGAGAUGUGAGAGGUGACAGGGUGGGUGUGUAAAGGUCUGGCCCAAGCAGUUGCAUGCCCAAAGUGAUGCCAGAGCAGUUUUCCUAUGACAGGCUGAGCAGGUACGGGAAUCCCCACCUGACAGACCAGGAAGCUGAACCGCUCAAAGUUCCUUUCCCAGGUCCCAUGGCUGAUGAAGGGGAUAGUCAGAACAAGACUCCACACUGCCUGGCCCCAACCUAGAAUUUGUUCUCUCCUACUGGAUCUGUCUGUGAGAUAGAUGUGUUUCAAGCCUAGAUUCCAAUCAAAACAUAGCUUGGAAAGUGGUGGUACACCCUGGUCCUUAGGGCUGAGUUCAAACCCUGGCUCUGCUCUUCAUCAGCUGUGUGGUCCCAGUGAGGUGACUUAACCUCCCUGAGCCUCAGUUCCCACACUAGAAAGACUGCCAUGAUAGAAUCUUCUUCACACAGUUGCUAUGAGGAAUAAAUGAGCCAAUGCUUGGAACUGAGAAGUGUUGGGCAUAUAGGAAAUGCUCAACUAGUAAUAGCGGUUACGUCAGUAUCCUCGCUGUGAGGAAACAGGGAAAAACCUAGGGUCUCAGCAUUGGCCAACAGGAAAGUUAAAAGCUUUUGUCUGAACCAGGGUUAACAGGUGUUAGAGGGUUCUCUUCUAAAGCUACAUUAUGUCCACACUCCAACUCUUCUGAGAGAAGUCCUAUCUGGGGAGAGAUGAGAAUAAAAGAAAACCGGGAGAAAAUGAAUAGUGCGUUCAGAUCAUCCGAGUAGGGGCAGAUGCUACCAGGGCCUGGUGAGCAAAUCUCGGUGGCAGAACUAGAUUCAGGAGCUGGACUCACAAGGAGUCUUCUAGUCUAGGGGCUCUCACACUCUUUGACUGCAACCCACAGGAUGGAACACUGCACAUUGCAACUCAGUACAUGUAGAUAUAGAUAUACAGAUAUCAAGGUUUCUCAGUCUCCUCACUGUUGAAAUUUUGAGUUGGAUAAUUCAUCGCUAGGGACUGGGGAGGGGGCUGUCUUGAGAAUUGUAGGAUAUUUAGCAGCAUCCCUGGCCUCUACCCACUUGAUGUCAGUAGCAUUUCCUGCCCCCUUCAGUUGUGACAAUUAAAAUUGUCUCCAGACGUCUCCAAAUGUCUCCUGGGAGACAAAAUUGCCCACAGUUGAAAACCACUAAUGCACACAGAUAUAAGGGACAAAAGUUUCAUAAAAUUUAUCCUUACUUACAAAAUGUACUCUGGUAUUUCUCGUUUUGUAUUAUUAGAUGUCACUUUUUUUAAAGUGCCAAUUGUGGCUCACUAACUUAAUUUCACAGUGCAAGAACCGUAGUAGUUUGAGGAACACUGUUCCAGGCGAGGCUUUCUGCUUAUCCCUGGCCUUCAGAAACUCAGUUGUAACUGUUUUCCAAUUUCAUCUGUCCUUCCCAGAGGGGAACCCUUAUUGAGAAUUGGGAAGAUGUUUGGGUUGGGAAAGUUACAUAUCAUCUUAGGAUCUCUGUCCCACCCUCUGUAAAAUGGAGAUCAAAUGCCUACCUCAAAGGCUUGGGUGGACAGUAAUGAGAUAAUCCCUAGAAUAAGCACUAUCUCUGAGCAACUGCUAUGUGCCGGGCACUGUGCUAGGGGGUUUACAUACACAUUUUCUCAUUUAAUUCUCAUAGCAUUUCUAUGAACAAGGGACUAUGUUUACCAUUACUUUAUAGAUGAGGAAACUGAAGCUUGGAGAAACUAAGAGUGCAGACUUUGGAAGAUGUGGUGGUUUUAAAAUAUUUCUGCAGGUUCUUCUUAUUAAGAGGUGAAGUCUAAUUAUUCACCCCUUGAAUAGAAUGCAGCAGAAGUGACCCCGUGGGACUUCCAAAGUCAUGUAACAUAAUUCAAUCCUCAUGUCUUUCUCUCUUGUGAUGCUUGCCCUUGGAACCCACCUGUCAUUUUAUGAGGAAGCCCAGGCCGCAUGAAGAGGCCACAGUAGAUGUACCUGCCAGCUGAGGUCCCAGCCAACAGCCAGCCUCAACCACCAGACAUGCUCAUAAACAUUUGGCGUUCGGUUUCUGUGUUUUCUGCAACUGCCGGAAGCUACCUUCGCCAUUCCGGGCGGGGGCGCAGUGCACGCCCAGGUGCGCGGGGCUCUCCUGCGGGCGCACGGGGCCGGGCGCCGCCGCCGCCGCGUCUCCAUCUGCGCGCAGCAGAAAUGAAGCCUUCCGGGGCCUCUCCUUGCCGCCCAGAGCCGGCCUUCCUUCCUCUGUACGUGCAGAGACGGGGAAACAGUUCUUUAGACACCGCAGUGAGUGAGACCGCUCCGCUGCCCCUUCCCCUGAGCUGGUGCUGGGAGUGGGGCAAGCUCGGCGCUGAGGAGGACCCGGGCGCCACCUGCCGUCCAACGCGCCUAAGCGACGGGAGUGUGAACGCACCAAGUUGCUUUGCAAUUCCCUGGCCUCCCCAGGAUUCAAGUCAAAGAGACGGAAGUGCACCAAACACCAAGGGAGUGGAUUUACUGAACUUCUUCCCUGUACCCGACAGUGCGUAGUAGCGCGGACUCUUGCCGUAACCCAGGACGGUAACCGUCGCUCUUAUUUAAGCCCGUACAAUGACGUCACACAGCGACAGCAACGCCCUGUCACCCUGAGGUUUUACUACAUUUCCCAGGAUGCUUUGCCAACAGCGACGCUAUUGGUCAGCGCCGACGGAAGAGCAUCUGACUGAGCGGAAGUAGAGGAUCUCAGGCGAAGAAGGUGAGGACGAGAGGAGCUGUGAAGCAAGUUUCAGCUUCACCUCCCUCACUGAUUCAGCAUGGGGGAGAAGUCAGAAAACUGUAGGGUUCCAGAGGAUCUGUUCAAUGGUUUGAAAGUAACAGAGCUCCAGGAAGCAGAGCGUGUUGACCCUCCAGUGUCUAAUGCCAAAGAUCACCAUUCCCAGAGCAAGGUGCUUAGCGAUGUUGAGCCCCAUCCCCAGGAGGACCAAGAAGAAGAGGAGUGCUUUCAUGAUGCAAGUGCCUCAUUUGAGAAGGAAGAGCCAGGAGUGGGCAAGGUUGAGAACAAACCUGAUAAUGAUGUGAAUUCCUCUGAACUAGAUGAAGAAUACCUAAUGGAACUGGAAAAAAACAUGCCAGAUGAAGAGAAAAAGAGAAGGAGAGAAGAGAGCUCUAGACUAAAGGAGGAGGGAAAUGAGCAGUUUAAAAAAGGAGAUUAUAUAGAAGCUGAAAGUACUUACAGUCGAGCCCUUCAGAUGUGUCCAUCCUCCUUCCAGAAAGACAGGUCUAUCCUGUUUUCAAAUAGAGCUGCCGCAAGGAUGAAACAGGACAAGAAAGAGAUGGCCAUCAGUGACUGCAGCAAAGCAAUUCAGUUAAACCCCAGCUAUAUCAGGGCAAUAUUGAGGAGAGCGGAGUUGUACGAGAAGACUGACAAGCUGGAUGAAGCCCUGGAAGACUAUAAAUCCAUACUAGAAAAAGAUCCGUCAGUACAUCAAGCAAGAGAAGCUUGUAUGAGGUUACCUAAGCAAAUUGAGGAACGUAAUGAAAGACUAAAGGAAGAUAUGUUAGGUAAACUAAAAGAUCUUGGGAACUUGGUUCUUCGGCCUUUUGGACUCUCCACAGAGAAUUUCCAGAUCAAACAGGAUUCCUCUACUGGCUCCUACUCCAUCAAUUUUGUUCAAAAUCCAGAUAAUAACAGAUAACAAAGAUAACAAUGGCUUGUAAAGCUGGCUUGGAAAUUGUAUGCUGCCUGUGUUAGCAAGGGGAAAGGCCCUGCCAGUGUUUAACGUUUAACAGCAUCUUAUCUCAAAGACAGGCUAUCUCGUAGAGGCCAGUGCUCCCUUCUCCCCCUUGUUUUAUGAUCAGGGUGAAACGCAGUUCCUGAUGUAAUGAGCCUAAUUUGAUUUCCAUUUUAAGGUGGUGUCUGUGCAGCUGUUGCCUUGGUUCUGGCUGUUCUUUGUUUUGUCCGGGAGAAAGCCUGCUUGUCAAGGCUCACCUCCCCGAGCUCCACAAAAACAAGCCCAGCUGGAGUCUCCCGGGCCGAGCAAACCUGCUGGUUGGAGACUACCCAACCACGAUCGAUGGGGUCCCCACCUGCUGUUCCCUCGCCCCGAUCACACGCACUGCCCAGGCUGCCCUGCGUGGGCUCCAACAUCUCCUAAUUUCUUCUGUGGUAAUAAACGCUUUCUGUGACAGUCUGA